AUGUCUAAUGUCAAAACUCGAGGGAAUACAGGAAGUGCAAAAGUCAAAGACGUUUUCGAGACAAUCAACAAUGAAAUGGAGGACGACAAUUUUUCUAUUGAAGAUGGAGAAACUGUGAUUGAACACAGUGAUCCCGCUACAAGUAAGUCAGUAAUGAAGGCCUCGACGUCAAGACCUCAGACGACAAUGUCAACGAGUACAGCGUUAUUGGGUCAAUUCAGCAACAUUGUACCACACGUUAACAACUCGUGUCUAAAUGGGCCCGUUGCUGAACAUAAUACCGAAGAUCAAAGUGAAGAUACAGAAUUAAUGUCACUUCAACAACAACUAUUGAGUAUUCGAACAGAACGUCGAAAAGCGCUGAUACGUAAGCAAAUUGCUGAAGAAAGAACCAGGAUUGAUGCACUCUACCAACUUCCUCCCGCUACAUUGAAUCCAACUGCAAAUCCAGGGACAACACAUGUUCCUGCAGUACAGCAAGGUGGUGUAACUAUCUCCUUCCUGGAACAAACCGUAUCCAGACUACGAGGCAAGGGGUGGGCUAAAUCUACCAUCGGUGCAUAUAAGACACACUUAAAGUGUUACAUGGAAUUUUGUAGACGAAUUCCGUUUAUAAUGACUAAAGAAGAGCAGGUCGAAUUAUUAGCGAAGGCUCGUGGAGAAUGUGAAGAUAAAAUGUAUAAAUAUUACAACAAAACAUUAUAUGUUAAUAAAUUUCAGCAGGCCAAUCGAAAAUUCCGUCCAGCCGAUGAGAAAUUUCUUCACAUUAAAAAGACUAAUCUUUCUUAUUUACAUUAUUAUAAAGGUCUGGCAACCUUAGCACCUACAGGAAUGAACAGUUCUUAUAUUUAA